ACAGAAUCCAGCGACCAGUCCAUUAGUACACGGAGUACACUUGAACCUACGCACGCUACCACACCCUUACGUUCCGUCCCAUGGCCUCACUAGCCACCUCUGCGAUUCGGGCGUCCCUUAUCAAUCAUGGGAAAAAGAUAAUUGGCGUGGGGAAAAACUAUGCCAUGCACAUCAAGGAAAUGGGUGGACAAGCACCCAAAGCCCCGGUUCUUUUCCUAAAGCCAACCACAAGCUAUGUCUUCGAAGGCAGCCCUAUCAGACUCAAUCCCAAGGUCGGGACCGUCCAUCAUGAAGUAGAGAUGGCCGUGGUUAUAGACAAGAUAGCAAGGAAAAUUUCACCCGAGAUGGCUCUUCAGUUUGUGGGAGGCUACGCUUUGGCCAUUGACUUGACUGCGCGUGACGUCCAAGAGGAGGCCAAAAAACAAGGCUUGCCAUGGACUGUCGCAAAAGGACAAGAUUCCUUUUGCCCCAUUUCUAACAUGAUCGCGAAAGCGGACGUUCCCGACCCUGAUAAUGUUGGUCUAUGGCUGAAAGUGAACGGGGAGCCAAGACAGCGGUCCAACACGAAGCACAUGAUCCAUCCGACAGCGUUUCUGGUCAGCUACAUUUCUCACCUCUUUACGCUUGAACCGGGGGACGUUAUCCUGACAGGAACACCGGAGGGUGUAGGACCCAUCAAUGUGGGGGAUACAGUGACAGCAGGGAUCGAGGGAUUGAUGCAAAUGAAGUUUGAUGUCGAAGCAGAUACUUAGGGGAGGAGCGAGCGAGGGGUAACCCUUGCGGAGGGAGAAUGGAGGCCGCCCGAGGGCCUCCUGUAUAGAACACUUGGUACAUUACUCAAGACAUAUAAAGUGCCAGUCAAAGAAAACCUGUAGCACCCAUAGGCAUGCCGCAGGGUCGAUGCUUGUGGGCAUGUGGAAACUGAGGGAAGGGGCAAGAAAAAGAGGGAGUGGCUGGCG